AGUGAAUGAGGGGCUGGGCACCUGGCCCAUCCUCCUCCCUCCACACAGUCUGCAGCCAGCGAGCUCCAAGCUGUGCAGCGGCUGAGCACUUGCAAGGGCAGCCCGCGGAGCGCUCUCCUCCAGUUCCCCCCACCCUUCCAGGAACAGGUCCUAGGGCUCCUCCCCCACCCAACCUUGCAACCCAGAAAACAGGUACAGGGUUCUGCCAAAACGACCAAUCAGGUGCUUCGAUCCAAGCAGCCAGCCAAUGGGAACUCCCUUGGAACCGCACCAAUGGUGGGCUGCCUAUUCAGGCAGAGCGGCGUGAGCCCUACCCCACGGGGACAGAGACGGGCGCGGGGCCCGGUUGCUGUGCAGUGAGCGCGCGGCGGUGCCUGCUACUCGCCUCCCAGCAUGGCCGGGCUGAGCAGCAGCAGCGGCGGCGGUGGCGGCGGCGGCUCGAGCCUGGGGCUGUGCAGCCACGUCGUGGUGCGGGGCCUGCCCGAGUCGCUGAGCCAGCACGCGCUGCGGAUAGAGAAGGGCCCGGAGGUGGACUUCGCCCGGGCCGAGCGGGAGCACCAGCUCUACGUCGCGGUGCUCAAGAACAAGCUGGGGCUGCAGGUGCUGGAGCUGCCGGCCGACGAGAGCCUGCCCGACUGCGUCUUCGUGGAGGACGUGGCCGUGGUGUGCGAGGAGACCGCCCUGAUCACCCGGCCGGGGGCCCCCAGCAGGCGAAAGGAGGUUGAUGCAAUGAAGAAAGCACUGGAAAGUCUUAACCUCAACAUUGUAGAGAUGACAGAUGAAAAUGCAACCUUAGAUGGUGGAGAUGUCUUAUUUACAGGCAGGGAAUUUUUUGUGGGUCUGUCAAAACGGACAAAUCAACGUGGUGCAGAAAUUCUGGCUGACACUUUUAAGGAUUAUGCUGUCUCCACAGUCCCUGUUUAUGACUCUUUGCAUCUGAAGAGUUUUUGUAGCAUGGCUGGACCAAACCUGAUUGCCAUUGGUUCGACUGAAGCUGCACAAAAAGCCCUCAAGACCAUGCAGCAGAUGAGUGACCAUCGCUAUGACAAACUGACAGUGCCUGACAACGCUGCAGCAAACUGCCUAUAUCUAAACAUUCCAGGCAAAGGCCACGUUUUGCUGCACCGAGCCCCUGAGGAAUAUCCAGAAAGUGCAAAGGUUUUUGAAAAACUGAAGGACCACAUGCUGAUCCCUAUAACUAACACAGAAGUGGAGAAAGUAGAUGGGUUACUCACCUGUUGUUCUGUCCUUAUUAACAAAACUUCAGAAUUAUGAGAUAUAAAAUCCCUUCCUUGUAACUGGCAAUAAAGUACAUGCAAGGUAGACAAAUCUAUAUCCACACUUUUAUUGAUUUUAUUGACAAUCUACUGUACCACUGUGCUACUAACCCUUGUUUACAAAUUUUUUGCUUUGUGUAUUUUUAUGUCCCGGUAGAUGGUAUUUAAGGUAUAUGCGUGCUUUUGCUGGGAUGAAUAUAGUGCAAUGAGCAAGCAAAAGUCAACUAUGAUAGCUAAUCCCUAGCUUUAGUGAUUUACAUACUCAGUGUGAAAACUACAUGGGGGAAAAUUAGUUCCUAACCAUUUGCUAAGCAUCUCCAUUGUCUUGAAACCUUUCCCAUGUGUUUUACCUUUUUUCUCCCUUUCCUUUCUGCUUCAGCACCCUUUUUUUUCUUCAGUCUUUCCACUAUCUUCCUCUCCUUAUUGUCAGGAAUUCAAGAUAUAGCUAGUGAAGGAAAUUCAAUAGAACCAUGAAUUUGGGCUUGUGUAGUAAGUAGGCUUUUCUUAUGAUAGUUGGAACAGUGUGAAAUUGAUUAUACCCCUUAUUCUGGCCAGUAUCACAUGGCCACUUGUAUGUAAAAUCAUUUACUCCUGGGGGCAUUCUGCACCAAAAAAAUGAAAAAUUCUGCACCAAAAAUUAAAAAUGUUGUGCACAAUAUUUUAAAAUUCUGCAUAUUUUGUCAGAAUAACACUACAUAAUCACACCAGUUUCAAUUUAUUUUGGUAAUAUAUUUCAAAAUACCUGUCAGCAAGUAGGUCUACAACACACAAAAAUUCCCCCAGAAGCAGUGUAUUAAAGAAACCCCUAUGACAACCCAGUUCCUGUUUCUUUGCCCCCCAGAGCCCAGCUGCAGGGUCCCCCCAGCCAAUACACCCAAACCCCCUCCCUCCCCGAGCACAGCCGUGGGUUCCCCUUAGCCCAGAUACUUGCCCCCUUCCCCAGAGAGCCCAGAUGUCUCCCCCGCUCCCCCUCAGGGCCCAGGGAUCCAGAGGGAGAAACAGGCUGAUGCUCGGUCCCAGGCUUGCAUGGAGUUUCCUGCCGUGCCACCCUCUCCUUCCCUCAGGGUGUGCUGGGAACUGCAGCGGUCAGGAACCCUUUAGGUUCCUCCCCCUCCUGCCAGGGCAGUGUCUUCUAUGUGCGAGCUGGGCUCUGCUGGGUCCAGGGGUCCCUAGUGGCGGCCAGCAGCACUGCAGCCCAUUUCUGUGGAGGAAAGGAAAUUCUGCGUGCACAUUAAUUUCUGCAAAAUUCUGCAUUGCACAUUGGCACAGAAUUCCCCCAGGAGUAGUCCUGAUUAGAAUCAAUUUCAGACUGCAGGUGGCAGCUUAGGAAAGCCUCUCUGUACAGGAGCAUUAAAGAGGUAUGUGUGUCUGGUACACUUGAAUUAUAGGAAAGGAGAUUGUCCAUCAGCCAAUCUAGGUGUGCCCCGGGGUUCAGACUCCCAGUUUGGUUACCUUUCUUUCAAAUUGGGUGGAAUGGAAGAGGCUUGUACGUAUGCCAUAUAUCAAUCACCUUCUAAAAAGCCUAUAUUUUUGUGAUCACGUGAACCACAGAAAUGAAUGUUUUGAGUUACUUGUAGAAAUGUUAUAUUACAAAAGAUAUUUAGAAAUAUACUUUUAUCUUGUUUAGUAUUUUCAUUUCAGCCUCUACCUAUUAUGUUCUUUCCUGUUUUGGAGUGAAGUUAUUUUUCCCGCUAGUCGGUAUAGUUCUUGUCUUCUGUAAUUAUACAGACAAUUUACUAGCAAACCUCAAAACAAAGGAAUGGUGGUAGAAUUAUUCCUGGAGUAUGUUCAUGAGUAAGGGAAAUUGUUUCCCAAAAGGCUGGCAUAUAUAUUUGAUCUGUCCUUGGGGAUCUCGUUGGAAUAAUGGUCGUCUGAUUUUUUUUUUUUUUUAAUUGUAUGAAUAUCUAUUGUGGUAUUCAGUUAAAACAAAUAUAUUUGUUGUGGCAAAUUCCACAACAUGCUUGCCCACUGACUCAUAUAUAUUUCACGACUGUAAAGUGAAUUAUAGACAGUAGUAUUUACAUGAAGCUUUUAAAAUCAUUUGUAAACUAAGAAUGGAGAAAUUCCCAAACUGAAGCAGCGGUGAGAAUUUUCCAGGAGGCUGACAAAUAGUCUGAACACUUUUAUCAACUUCCUGGUCAUCUCUUUCUUUGUCUGCCUGUCUCUCUGUUCCUUUGUCGGAGGUUUUAAGUUUUUUCUGAUUGAUACAUUCCCGCUUCAGCCAUCUAAAUCUCUCCUUCUGUCCCCCUCCUCCUGUAGUCCCUCCAUUUUUCUCCUCAUCCCUUUACACUCUCCUUCUCUCUUCCCCUCCAUUCAUUUGCAAAUGUCCCCAUUCCACCCUAACCUUUCCUUAUGUAAUUCUCCCAUGCCCUCUUGCAUAGAUGCCAGGAGAGAGGGAACUGAUAGACCCACUUUGUUCCCCUAGAAUCUGACAAAGCCUGCCUUUUCCCUGCAGAUGGAAGGGGGAGCCUGCAGCAGGAGCUGUAUCUUGGGAGGGGUGUUGGAGUGACUCCUCUUCUCUUGUCUUGCACCAGAGGAGAGGAAGGAGUCAGUAGUGGUGGAGGCCGGUGGUUUCUUGUAUUCUUUCUCCCCCUGAGGAGAAUGGAAGAGGUGGCAAGUAGUUUCCUUCCUCCACUUUCCCCUUUGAAGGGAGGGAGAGUUAGUGAAUGGACAGAUUGUCCUGUAGAAGAGGUAGUUAGGGAUUCGUGGCUGAGGUGCCUCUUAUUCUCCUGUAGCUGGAAGACCAGCAGCACCUGACUGCUGACAAGGGUGGGAGCCCCAGAAACUUCCUAGUCAGGCAUUAUUCUUCAUGCUGCCCCCACUCCUGAGUCCCAUCUGGCAAGUCCUUACUGCAGCAGCUAGGGAGAUGGGGCAGUUGGGGGACCUGAACCAGGGAGAGCAGGAGACCCCUCUCCCUCUGCUCUUAGCUUUCUCCUUGACUUUAACCCUGGCUCAAGCCAAACCAAAACAAUGGCUGUUUUUUGAUGCAACAUGUAUAUGGCUAAUGAGCAUCCUGCACAUCUGACAUUCUUAUCACUGCAACAUUUUUCAGAUGCCUGAUGUAGAUCAUUGUCCACAACUAAUAAAGGAAAAUCUCAAACCAAAAAUGGAGAUGCAACACAAUGCACUAACUGUCUGCACCAUGUUAACCCUCUUAUGCCAAAAAUAAGACUAUGUGCCAUGUCAUUCCAGUGCAGAAGGUCUAGUGGUAAAUAGCUGGCACUGAGAUUUGAAUCUCUAAUCAAAGUUUUAGAUCAAAUAAUUUAGCUUAGUACAAAUGAAGGCUCUACAGUGUGUGUGACAGACCUUUUACUCUUUCCCAUAUGUUGUUUUCCAUCAUCAUAAGUUUAGGAAGAUCAUGUGAUGUGUAAGUUUCCCUCUUGAACAGAAUGUGAAUAAAGUGUCAGCAAGGACUCAUCUCUGUUGAUAAGAAUGUGCAUACAUACUGUACCAUAUGAUGAUAAACUGCAGCUUCUCCAUUCUCACGUUUGUGUUUCCUACACAGACACACACUUCUCUAAGUCUUGCACAUACAGCAUUUCAAGAAAGUAUUCUGAGGAGUUUUAAGACAAGUGUAACACAGUGAUUCCCAUGAGAAUGGUUCAUAGCUCAUAUGGAACAUUAUGUUCAGUUUUAAAAAUAAAAGUUCAGUGGAAUGUAAAACAGUGACAUCCUUUUCCCCUCUUACUGACUGCAGUUUUUGAGUGAAAUGUGGAAAAAUGUGGUAUUAUUCAGCCACAUAAGUAUUUAAUUGCAGUCAAGGUAGAACUACCUUGGUGGUAACAAUCAAAAUUCAUGUGGAAACAUUUGGAGAAACUUAUUUAUUGGUUCAGAUUGUCUGAUUUGAUGGAUAGUUAUGGAGAUGAACAAAUAAGAGCCUAUGAAAAGAAUUCUACUCUUUAUAUAGUGAUUGUGAACAAAAUACUAUGGACCUCACUUAACCUAAUAAAAGUUUUAGUGGAUGUAUAAUGUAACUUGCAUAGAGUUGCAUGUGAAUCAUAUUAGUCACUGUUCUGUGUUGUAUUGUUCUGCAGAACACAAACAGGAUGACAAAAUCACCACAGUGUUCAAUUCUGUUACCUUGAGAACCUUAUUACAGUAUAUUGUUGCCCACUUUUUGUGGCAAAAACAUAAUUGUAUUUCAUAGACUGUUAUACUGGAAAAGAUUUACUUUGAUUUUUGUGUCUCUUGCAGUUUCUAUACUAUGUACCCCCAUCACUAUGGAAUAAAGUGUCAGUUGUACAAUGAA